AUGGACCUUCUCCGAGACAUCGAACAGGCCUAUGCGGGCUUUGCACCAAGACACCAGCACCAUGACGACCUCGCUGGCGGUGUCAUUGUCUACACGAUGAACAAUCUGGGGGGGGCCUGUAUAUUCUUCACGUCGGCGUAUUACAACACGCCCGACAGCAUGGCACGGCCAGAUCGUGCCCAACUCUUCAGCACGUACUCGUCGCUACUCCACCAACUACGCAGGGGGCUCCCUAGGCGCUUUCAUUCAACGCUGGACGCUCUCAUCCCUCAAGUCCCGAUCCUCUUUGAUGAGAGCUGGCCGCUUGUGCCUCACCAUGUUGACCUCCUCGAGAACAACAUCCAUGUGGACAAAAUUACGGGCAGGAUGCUGGGCAUCUGCGACUGGAGAGGCGCCGAGGUUGGUCCGUUUGGGAUAUCAUUGGGGGGCCUCGAGACCAUGCUGGGGGUCCGAACCACGUCUGGGGACUUUUGGCGUUACCACCCCAAUUUCGAGGAGCUCGAACACCUUUUCUGGGACAGACUGUUCUACUAUCUGGGGGGUGAGAGAGGUGUGUCUGACGUGGACAAGGAGCGCAUCAGGGUUGCAAGACUAGUUGGCCUCUUCUUGGCCAAUGGCUUUCAGAAUGGCGUGGCGGCCACAGAGGAGAGCGAGGACUUGCGCUUUCUCGGUGCCGUCGUUCUCAGAUGA